AUGGAGGGUGCAUCCCGCCAAACGUCAAGGCUACUCCGGCCUCGUGGCCAGAAACUCCUUCCCCGUCUCACACGAACCUCCGCAGUCAACGCCACACCCUUCACCCAUAUUCAACGACGGACACUGUCGAAUUCCCCUCGGCCCUUUGCACCAGAGUCUCUUCUCAACACCUUUAGAACCGGUGGUUCAUACAACGAAGGACCCACCAGCUAUUUCUCCAACCGACAAACACUUCCCGCGAAUACCGUUGUACGAUUUGUGCCACAGCAGACAGCAUGGAUCGUCGAGCGCAUGGGAAAGUUCGACCGUAUCUUGGAACCCGGUCUUGCGAUCCUUGUGCCGUUCUUGGACCGAAUUGCUUACGUGAAGAGCUUGAAGGAGGCGGCUAUUGAGAUCCCCAGCCAGAACGCGAUUACGGCGGAUAACGUUACUCUUGAGCUGGACGGUGUACUAUAUACGCGCGUUUUCGAUGCAUACAAGGCAAGCUACGGAGUCGAAGAUGCAGAAUACGCUAUUUCGCAACUCGCGCAGACAACUAUGCGUUCCGAAAUCGGUCAGUUGACCCUCGAUCAUGUUCUUAAGGAACGCGCCAAUCUCAAUACAAACAUCACCAAGGCUAUCAACGAGGCGGCCCAGGAAUGGGGUGUUGUCUGUCUCCGAUACGAGAUUAGGGAUAUCCACGCGCCGGAGGCGGUCGUUGCUGCCAUGCACCGCCAGGUUACUGCUGAGCGCUCCAAGCGAGCUGAGAUCCUCGAAUCUGAAGGUCAGCGCCAGAGCGCGAUCAACAUUGCUGAGGGUCGCAAGCAGUCUGUGAUUUUGGCAUCUGAGGCUCUGCGCUCCGAGAAGGUCAACCAUGCUUCUGGUGAAGCCGAGGCUAUCAAGCUCAAGGCCGAGGCUACCGCGCUUGGUAUUGACGCUGUUGCUCGGGCCAUCGAGGAGGGUGGCGAGAAUGCUCAUAGCGCUGUUGGUCUCAGCGUUGCUGAGAAGUACGUCGCAGCUUGGUCAAACCUGGCACGUGAGGGCACAGCCGUUGUUGUUCCCGGUAAUGUCGGUGACAUGGGUGGUAUGAUUGCCAACGCCAUGGCUGUCUACGGCAAGGUCAGCGAGACUCACGCCCGGGGGCUGGCAAAGAAAACCCUCGGGGUCGAAGACGCCUCUCGGUCAUCGGAGACAUCGCAAAACAGUCAGGUGCCGACCUUUUUUGAGGAACAGGCUGGGCAGAACACACAGUCGAAUGUCGCCUCGCGAACUGCCGAGGAGGGAUUUGAAACUGUCGCCGGCGAACACAAGAAAUAA